UCUUGGCCGUCAGCAGAAUAAGCAUUAAAGUUGUCGGUAAGAAGAAAAAUAAUUUCGUAACAGACUCGGUCAGGACUAAAGGGGAUACCAACAUCAUAGAGACUGAUCCCGACUCCUUUUCGGUCAGCGGACCUUUCUGGUUCCAUGGCCUGAGCUGUACCGGCAGCGAAUCAGCUGCAGUUGAAGCCUUCGCGAUGCUCCGAGCUCUCUGCAGCUGCACAAUAUCACCGAUACCGGUCCGGGGACACAGCUAUGCUUUUCAGACGGAGAGCCAGGAUGUUGCGAUGGCUGGUGUGUGGUCGCUUGGGUCCAGUUUGGAUGUGGAAAGCACUGCUGCUCUUCGUGGCCAUUGCUUUUGCUGGCCAGCUGCUGGGGGUCAUCUUCAACAAGAGCAGUGUCCAGCCAGCUGCUCGCUCCAUCUUCUCAUCUCCUGAUGCUCAGGGGCCCUCUUUGGGGUCCUGUCAACCCCACACCCACGUCAUGUUCCUAAAGACCCACAAGACGGCCAGUAGCACUGUGCUCAACAUGCUUUACCGUUUUGGAGAAGAGCGCAACCUCCGCUUUGCCCUGCCACUGGGCUACCAGCUGGGCUACCCACUGCCCUUCAAUGCUCACAGGGUCAAAGGUUACCGAGGUCCUAGGGCCAUGGAAUUCCACAUCAUGGGCAAUCACAUGAGAUUUAAUAAACACGAGGUGGAGAAGGUGAUGUCGGCAGACACAUUUUACUUUACUAUCAUCAGGGACCCGGUCUCUCUGGCUGAGUCCUCCUUUGCUUAUUACAAAGAAGUAGCACCUGCAUUUCGGAAAGCCAAAGGCUUGGGCGACUUUGCCGAUGACCCUAAGAAAUACUACGACCCUCGUCUCCGCAACAACCACUACGCCCGCAACCUGCUAUGGUUUGACUUUGGCAUGGACCACAAUGCUAAUUUCUCUUUGGCACUGGCUCAGCACGGUGAGGCUAUGAUCCGCCAGGCCUUCAAGCUGAUUCUAGUGUCUGAGUACUUUGACCAGUCCAUGAUCCUGCUGAGACAUGCCCUCUGCUGGCCGCUGGACGCUGUGGUCUCAUUCAGCCUCAAUGCUCGGCAGCAGAAGCCCAGCGGCAUCGGGGGGAUGAGUGGAAGCUGGGUGGGCAAAGCGGCGGCAGCAGCUGGUGUCAAUGUUAGAGGUGGACAUUCACAAGCCAGGACACCACCCAAUCUGUCACUAACGGAGGAACAGCGGGAGAAGCUGCGGCAGUGGAACACCUUAGACUGGUACUUAUACAAAGCCUUCAACCAGACUUUCUGGGAGGAAAUCGACAGGUUCGGUCUUGCUCAGAUGGACCAGGAAGUAGCUCUUCUCAGGAUGCGGCGGGAAGAUCUGGCCCGGGUUUGUCUCAGGGAUGGCGGGAAACCUGUGGAGGCACACCGGAUUCGAGACAAAAACAUCCGGCCAUUCCAGAGUGGAUUAGUGAAGAUUCUCGGCUAUGAGCUCCAGCCAGGCCUGGACAACACCACCAGAACAGCCUGUCUGAGGAUGAUCAGGCCUGAGAUCCAGUACAAAGAUGUGCUGGAUGCUAAACAGUUCCCACGGGCUCCGGCAGUCCAAGCCCAGCCAGGCCACCAGAGCCAGGGACGGAUAGUCGCAGCCAGUACCUCUUUCUUAAGACAAGACUCAUCCAGGACAGGAGAGAGGCUGAUGGGGGGAGAGGCUGGGGGGAGGACGGUGGAAGGUGGGGGGGGGGACUGGGAUGGAAGCCAUUUAAUGCGGAGCAACCAGACUGUGAUACGAGGGCAAGAAAAAGGAAGGUUAAGAUAGUUUGAGGUGAGUCUCCUUCCUAAAUAUGGUACUUUUGGUCAUUGCACACUCAGAAACUGAGCCGAGUGUGGUUUACACAUGAGAAAACGAAAAGAUCCUUCUUUGCACUUCAAAUUUUUGGUCGUUUGUUUUCUUAAAAACUGUCUCUACUCUUAGUUAGUGUAAUCCUUGUGGACUAGAUCUUUGACCUUUAAGCACCUGGGAUGCUUUCAUGGCUGUAGUAACAACCUGAAGGGCAGUUGUGUGUUCUGUUUCAACAGAAUAUGAAAGUACCAUUUUUUUUAGAAGAAGCACUCCUGUUGUUGGCAAAUUCUUCUGCUGCUGUUUAUCACACAGUCAUAUGUGAGAGCAGACACAUGUAAGCCUGUUUUAGUCCCUAUUCAUUUUAAUACUUUUAAGAGUUUCGAUUUUCAUUUGACUUUGGUGCACGUGCUUAAAAUAUAGCCCCAGUUUGUGCCUCUCAAGAAGUACCAUUACACAAGUCACUGAGCUAAGCAUCUGUUUUUAUAACAUAAAUACCUGGUGAUCAUUGAAACACACAGGCCAUUUAAAAAUAUUUCCCCUGAUUUUGAAGGUAUUUCUAGAAUUCUCAAGGACUUUUCCUGCAAUCUGGAUGAAGGAAUAUUUUGUCUGCUGCACACUAAAAAGAUGUUUAACCUGUUUCUAUAGUUGCAACUCUUUUUCUAAAUUACAACAAAAAUAGUAGCUGGAAAUGUCACAUUUCCCAUCUAGGUGUAC